AUGUGGGCGAGGAGGUGCGGUGCGAAGCCACGAUGGCCCUCCAGGAUUAAGGUGGUGUUCUUCAGCUUCCUCUCAGGAACGCUCGGGCUCUCCGUGUAUAUGUAUAUGUCCGGACUGAGCACCUCAUCCUUGGACCUUUCGCGAUCGACGUCCGAGCAUCCACUGUGCUUGACCUCUUGGCCUCAGAAAUACGACCAGGUGUUCACCUCGACGAUUUGGAAUAGCGCCGAGGAUGACGUGCUGUUCAAAGCCCCUGGUGCAGACGAGGAGUUUUUCGCAAAGUACGGCUGCGAAGUGCCGGCGCUCUCUGGAACGGUUUGCAGGGACGUGAGCUACCACACGCAAGACCUUCAGAGACCGCUCGCGCUGGCCAUGGGUGCUGCAGGGUUCGACUACGACCUGAUGGGUGCGUGGGCGCUCUGGUGGCUUCUCUUGACGUUGGUGGCCUGGGUCGGGGUCACGAUCCACGACUUGGCGCUGAUUGGGCAAUCGCAGAAGGACUUCGUCCUUGACGUGGGCGGCGUCAACAAGCACUGCCCGUGCAUUCGGGCAGUUUGGAAGUUUCUGGCAGGCUACAGGCCGCUGGUGCACCUGGCCAAUUCCGAGCGCUUCGGCACACGUUCGCUUGGCAUUGUGCUGGCAGUUCUCUUGGCUCCAGUCCUGCUGGCCUGGAAUCUCGUGGUUUUGCUCUUCAUCAUCUGCCCUCUGAUCCUGUUCGCCUUCAUGCGAUACCCCAUCCGAAUGAGCCGCGCAUGGGUCUUCAUCAUCUCGGUGGCCUGUGUCCUCUACGGGUCGGCACUCACACUGCAGCAGCUGGCCUUUGUUGCUCGCCCAGACCUGCGUCCAAGAUACGCUUUGACCUGGCAAGCUUCUGGCCUUCGGGUCGCAUCCUCGGAGACCAGUCUCUGCACCUGUGGCUGCGACUACUCAAUGUCCUUGAAUGUGUCGGUGAACUUGGCGGCCAUUGGCUUGGUGACAACGGUGAAAAGUGCGUUUUUAGCGUUUCGAUGCUUGAAGGGCUUACGAAGGUCGCAAUGGGCGAACCUGCUCUCCGUCACAUUCCCUGUGCCCCUCACUGUCUACGCUGUGGACUGGCAGCAGGCAGACGGCCAGCCCAUCCGAUUUCGCGACAAGGAGAUUCCGGUACAAGGGGAGGUGGCCUUUGACCCUUUCGCCAUGAUGGACGAGCAGCCGGACAGCGCCUACACAACAGUCCACUUGCGGCCCGAGCCUGUGCAUCGCUACGAGAAGUCCGAGCAUGGAGAGCUUCGGGUGCUGCAGCCCUGCAGGCAGCUAGAGAUGCCUCGAAUGCCAUCGGAGUGGGAACGCGCACAGUUCAAGUCCGUCAUCGAAGCCGAGUACAUCGGCUGCUGCGGAUUUCCUUGGCCCACGGGUGGCAAGAAGUUCGUCUACGACGAGAACUUUCUGGAGGCCCUAGAACGCGGCACCUUGGCCCUAGAGAAAGAUGGGCUCACUCCUGCGAAAGACAUGGAUGAGGAGGACUCCUCCGACAUGGACGAGUCCACAACUGCAGACUGUGCAGUCGAAUUCGCCGGCAAACCAAUAGCGUGCCAAGUGCGAGAUUGCGGAAGGCCAUCUGGCACCUGGCAGUCGUUCGCCCCGGGUCCUGCAUCACAGCCGCGGGAGGAUACCCCGCUCAGUAGUGAUGAACAGGAGGCUUCUCCGAGACGGCUCUGA